AUGAGGACCUAUCCGUACCCAGAAGUCAUCGGAUGGUAUCUGGGGAAUGCCAGAACUGUGGCAAGGUACAGGACAGAAGUGCAGCUGGAUAGCUCCACUCUACUUAAAGCAAGUCCUGAGCUAGCCAAGGGCAUCAAAAUACCUUACAUGAAGGACAGCACUGGCAUAACUCGCUACACGACCAUAUGGAAAAGAGGAACCAAUGUGGCCUUUGAUGCUUCCAAUUAUAACUCCAAAUCCAUAGUCCAGGCUGCUUCGUCUGAAUCUACAGAAUCAGUUGCUGCAAUGUUGAGUAAUCUUCUGAAAAAUAAGAAUUAUACAGAUGAAGAGCUCAGUAAUAUAAAUCUGUCUGUACAAUCAGUGAACAUACAGCUCUUAGUUCCAGGAACUUGCCCAAGCAACUCCACCAUCUACAAUGGGAAUGGGGAAUUUAUAUAUCUUUGGAUGGAAACAAAUCCAGCAGUAACAGCUAGACAACCAUGCCAAACAAACCAUGUUGAGUUUGCCACAAGAUACUGCAAUAUCAAUGUCAGCAGUGAACAUGCAGAAUGGGAUAAUCCUAACUAUAACAUGUGUGUUCCUAGUACAUUGGAGGAUUUAGAAUAUGUCACUGUAACACCAGAAAACGCAAACUAUUUGGCAGAGCAGAUUUUAAAUCUAACGAGGAAAAUGUCGUCCUUACCUGAAAACAAUAUAAGAAUCAUUCUCACCAAACUGUCUGAAAUAAUUGCACUGGGAAAAAUGGGUCUUGAGACUGCAAAUAUUAAUUUGGCGUUAAUAAGUUUAAUUUUGACAAAAGCUGACAAUUCAUUGCCGAUGUUUACCAACCAGAUACUAAACAUUACGGAGGAAAUUGGUUUCGCAAUUGAUUUUCCUGGAGACACAGCAAAUGUCACUGUUGAUUCUCUGGCUUUACUUGUAGCAAAUGUUGAUUUUAAGAACUUUAAAGAACUUUACUUCACCGUUGAGUCAUACCUGGAUGGGAAGGACAUAGAGAUAACACUAGAAAAUGUGCCUGUAGACCAGGCUGUUGCCUACAUCCAUUUACCUGAAGAAAUAAAAGACCAAGUGGCUGCAGCAGGUUCCAAAGUGCAGUUUAACUUUUUUGGGAAUUCAUCACUUUUUAAGGAUUAUGAUUCCAGCAAAUACAUAUUAAACACUAAUAUCAUAAGUGGCAGUGUUGAGGGCACUAAGAUAGAAGCACUGAAGAAGCCGGUGGAAGUUACUCUGCGGCACCUUCAUAAAAAUGUGGACCGUCUCCCAGUGAAGUGUGUAUUUUGGGACUUUAAUAUAAACAAUAAUUUAGGUGGAUGGAACGAAUCCGGGUGUUCAAAAUCCUUUACAAACAUGGAAUAUACAUCUUGUAACUGCAGUCAUCUUACGCACUUUGGAGUUCUACUUGAUAUUUCUAGAACAGGUAUCGACCCUUUAGACGAUCAUAUUUUGAGCCUCUUGACUUAUGUUGGCUGUGGCCUUACUUCUCUGUGUCUGGGGUUUGCCCUUGUAACAUAUGGAAUGUUUAGGCAGCUGAGAAAGGAUUACCCUUCUAAAAUAUUGAUUAAUCUCUCUUUUUCGCUAUUGAUGCUUAAUUUGACUUUCUUAGUCAAUAACUGGUUGUCGUCAUUCCAAAAUCAGGGUCUCUGCAUCUCUAUUGCUGCCACUCUUCAUUACUUCUUACUGACCUCCUUCACCUGGAUGGGACUGGAGGCUGUGCACAUGUACUUUGCAUUUGUCAAAGUCUUUAAUUCGUAUGUCCAUAAAUACAUACUAAAGUUAUGCAUAGCUGGCUGGGGAAUACCAACAAUUGUAGUUGUUAUAGUUCUCAGUAUAAACACCAAUUAUUAUGGGAGUGGAUCUUCUUACACGCAAUAUAGCGAAGUUGGUGACAGCUCUGACUUAUUCUGUUGGAUUCAGAAUGAUGUUGUAUUCUAUGUGACAGUCGUGGCGUACUUCGUUGUCAUCUUUCUUACCAACAUAUCCAUGUUUAUUGUUGUGCUCCUUCAAAUCAAGUCAUUGAAGUCUACUAGGAUAAAGGAUUGGAAGACACUCUUUCUUCAUGACAUCAAAAACACACUCAGCCUCGCUUUCUUACUUGGAUUAACUUGGGGCUUUGCCUUCUUUGCAUGGGGUCCUGUUCGAAUUGCCUUUUUGUACCUUUUUGCCAUUUUUAAUACAUUACAAGGCUUUUUUAUUUUUGUGUUUCACUGUCUAAUCAAGGACAGUGUAAGGAAACAAUGGAGGAUGUAUCUCUGCUGUGGAAGAUGCCGACUUGACAAUUAUUCAGAUUGGAGUAGACUGAGCAAUGUAGACACAAAACAUGGCCGCAUAUGCUUGACGCCAUCAGACUCUUACCAAUCAACUAGAUCUAACAACACCGCCUCUACCUCUAACGCUUCAAGUCUUUCAGGCUUCUCCAGAGAUGGCUAUUAUGAGAAGGCUUCUAUAAACGGAAAAGGAGGAUUGUUCCAAUAUGCUAGCACAGCACCUUCCAUUCACGCAACUAUCUUUCCCAAAGUGAGGAGAGCAAAUCCAGAUACCAAGAGAAUAUUGUCAUUCAUGGAUGUAGAGACUCAAUGAAGUCAGCUGUUGACAGAACAUGUUGCAUCUUGCAGUGCAGUGACCCUAAAGGGUCUAAUUCUAACACAAAGAGGCCACCAGUGUGGGUGUCGUCGGCAGCCAGACUUAUGACAUUAAGUUAAUAUGGAUAUAUGUACAGCUGCCAACUGAUGUCAAUCCACGUCCACAAGUGUCAUUAUUAGUAUUGGCAUCUACAUCUACCUCAUGCUAGUUGUAAUAGAGCCAUCAGAAACAGGUGUACCGGUGGCGUCCACAUGGCUUAUAUUAGGAUGGAACCCUGGCUACACAACAUUCCCAUAUCACUCCCAUUCUUUUGUGUGUAUUUUCAAAGCAGCCACCCAGUUGACACCCAGAAACACCCAAGUCACAUAAGGUGUGUAUGCAUGAUACAACGCAAGCACAGUUUGCUAAAAAUGGCUACAUGCGUGUGGUUUCUGUCUUGUGUGUGACUCAUAAUCAGACCAGGGGCGCAUUUACAGAGGAGGCGGUCCAUGUGCCGACUCCGUAUGGGCUCCCUCCACUCUACAGCGCCAUAAACUCUGGCAUUAUGCCAGAGUCUACUGUGCAGGUCUCCGGAAACAUGGCACCUGUCCUGUUCCAGCGAGUAAACACUACUGCGCAUGCGCGGUGGACAUUUUCCCAGUGAUUUUUCCCAUGGCUGCAGUGCUGACUAGGGAUUUCAGAAAAGUAAGUAUUUAAAUUGGGCCCCCCUGGACCCAGGGACCGGUGUGCACCGCACAUACUGCACCCAUUAUAAAAACACCAAUGAAUCUGGUAAAAUGUUCUCAAAUCCUUUGUAAUUAAGGAUGACUAUCAAACAUAACAAGGGGUGUUGCACAUGUCAUGUAUCAGGCCAGAUAACAGGAAGAACAAAUGGCCCUCACCAAAUGUGAAAGAGUCGGAAUCACAGGUUUUUUUGGGGGGUAAUGUAGCAUUAUGAUGAAUGGCCUGAUUAUGUGUUGUACACAAAAGCGCGUGCAGCAGCGCCUGUUGUCUGUUGCCCGUCUACGACUACACACUGUUUCCCUUGUGUACAUCUGUGCAGAUGAAUGUGCCAAAACUGAGAUGCCCACUUUUAUCACUUGUGCAUGUUGUAAUUCUGAUUAGUGCGUCCUGAUUCGCCACCAUCGGUCGCAGCAUUGCAAAUUGCAUCAGUCCUAUGGCAGCUGCAGUGUCUCCCUCUGACCACGGCCUCCUAUACCUGCGUCUAUAAAUGCAUCCGCUUGCAGUGACACACCUGCAACACCCCUAUAACACACACACUGAACGCCCCAUUUCUGCGUGCACUGCUUGCCACCUCCCAGUCACCACCACCUUUCUGAUACUGUAUGUUCCGAUCACACAGCGUCUCUGUGUGUACAAUCUAUGUUAUAAUUGUCUGUUAUUAUCCAGGUUUGUUUUAUCACUGUUGUUUCCACCUGUACAGCUUAACGGAAUUUGCUGCGCUAUAUAAAAAACUGUUAAUAAAUGUAACACAUGUGACUCAGAAUCAGGCCUAAAAUGUAAUUAAUAUCUAGCAUUAGUCUUUAGGCCAACACUAAAUUCAGCAUGAA